CCAGAUAACGCCGGUCGCUCAAGUCAAUCUUUUAGAGAAAAACACUUUAUUCGUCUGUUUUACCAGCUGAGAUUAACAGGACAGCUUGUGUGUACUGAACUCAAUCGCGGUGCAGGAGAUGGUAGGCAAAAUUCUUCUUCGUUCUGUUGCUGCCAGUUUGUGCGAGGAUAAAACCAAAAGCUACAAGAAUGUCGUGAAAGUUCUCCUAUUCUGGACGACCCUGAUUUGUCUGGCAUUUCUGCUCAUCAACAACUCCAGCUUCGUCCAAGAUUUUCACAACAGCUUCACAAACCUGUGGACAAACGGUAGUCAUCUCAACUCAAGCGUCACGGGCGUCAGGGGCGUCACAAGCGUCAGAAGCGUCACAAGGUCACUGACAGAGGCUAAACCCAGACAUCCCGUCUUCAAAACUUCAUUACUCAUCAACCAAUCGUCAGCCGUAUCACAUGACGUCACGUCAACCCAAGCCCACAAUAUCACCCAAUCAUCACGCGUCACAAACCUCACCCAAUCGUCUUAUCUCAGUCAAACAAAUCUCGGAUGUUAUUUCCCAAAAGUUGACCCGUUUGACAAAGCUCUUCAGAAUAUCACCAAAACACACCCACCCAUCGACUGCUCGAAACAGACGCCACAUCUUGUAUACGUUCAGGGUGACACCAUAUUUAUAAACUUCACCAAAAUUAAGAGCAGUCCUCAGCUUAAUUCCACAUUUAAACACUGCCAGUAUAUUGCUCGUGUUCGUGAUCUAGCAAAUACAAAUGACAGAAAAACGAAAGUAGUUGGUGACAUUCAGGUGUUUAACCACUCCAUCAACGUAUCCCACGAUUAUGUAGUCGUGGAAUGCUUUAACAAAUCUAACAAAAUCAUAUCCAGAUCGUACUUGACAUUUAUCCGUAAAAAACCGAACCUCGAGUCUGAAUUAAAAGCCAAGUAUGAGGCACACGUUGAGCUCCACGCACCCAAAGAAACUUUGAGCGUCAUGAUGGUGGGGAUUGAUGCCAUGUCCAAAAACAAUUUCCAGCGUGCCAUGCCGAAGACGAGAAACUUUCUUCUAGAAACUAUGAAAGCUGUAGAGUUGUACAAACAUAAUAAAUUCGGGCACAACACGUUCCCUAACGUGGUUGGUCUACUUACCGGAAACAACGAAGAAUCGCUAGUGAAACUAAAUUAUUCUUUUGAUAUGCCUAUGGAUAACGUUAACCACGCCUUUUUGUGGAGUGCCUACCGUAAUGCCGGAUACAGAACUGGAAUGUUCUUAGACAUGACGGAGAUAACGGCUUUUCAUUACCAGAAGAAAGGAUGGACCAACCCUCCAGUGGAUUACUAUUUCCGGGAGGUUGUGGUUGAUUCAGAGAAGGACAAAUUAAUGAGAAAAGAUGGCGACUGUAUCGGUGACGUCCCGGACAUCCGCCUUCUGACCGACUACUGGGUUCAGCUAGCGUCUUUGUUCAACAACUCCAAAACAGAGCCGUACUUUACUUACAGUUUCUCAGCCCGCCUGACCCACGACGAUGAGAACAGAGCCAGCGCUGCUGAUGAACUUUAUUUCCAAUUUUUACAAACUUUGGUGGACAAGAAAGUUCUAAACAACACGGUGCUUGUCUUCUUCAGUGACCACGGGCCCAGGUUCGGGGCCAUAAGGUCAACUUACAAUGGAAUGCUAGAAGGCCGAAUGCCUUACAUGUUUCUCGUGUUCCCGCCCUGGUUCCAUACCAAAUACCCGCAGCUGAUGGAAGUUGUGAAAACCAACCAACAUCGUCUGACGACCCACACGGACGUCUACGAGACUUUGAUUGACCUGCUGUACUUUAAAGCAGAGACCGGGAAAGGAAGUCUCACCCAACCUAGGAUCAGCUUGUUCAAAGAGAUUCCAGAAGGACGCACGUGCCAGCACGCGCUGAUUCCACUAGAGUACUGCGUCUGCAACAGUUUUUCUAAAACAAACGUGAGCUCUAGUUUAGGACAAUAUCUCGGCUUGGCCUUGAUGGCUCGGGUCAACAAGUACAUUCCAGAGAAACUUAAGACGUUGUGUAAAACGCUGACGUUGUCUCAAGUCACUUCCGUCAUGGAGAUGGUCUCAGAAACCCCGCAGACCAGACGGUACCAGGUGACAGUGACGUCACAUCCCAACAGCGCCGUCUACGAGGGCGUGCUGAACCAGCACAGGGACAACGUCACGACCGUGGAGGGUGACGUCACGAGACUCAACCUCUACAGGGGUCAGGCCGAGUGUAUCGAAGACCCCAAGUUACGACCGUUUUGUUACUGCGACCCCUCUGUAACAAAACAAUCAAAUUCUUCUUGAAUUUACAAUUUUUUUAACAAAACAAUGUAUUCUAACACUCGUGAAAUUUGGUUUAAAUUUCGUGUAAAAUACCAUUUCACGGCCACAGUCGGUGCUAUCGAUACUACAUUUACCACAGUGGUGAAGUAGGUUAUCGUUCCUGUCGCUUCCUGUGUAUCCCAGGUGCCAAAGGGUGAGAUUUACAACUUUAAUCAGUUUCCUCAACAAGCGCCCGAGUCAACAGCGCACACGCCCAAGAUUUGAUUCACUCGGAACAAGAUUAAAAUAUAAACUGGGUUAGAGUUUAAAUUGAUUGCCGCUGAAAUAUUCAUAGCUUUACUUAAUAGUUAAUAAUUUAUUGAUACUUUCUUGAUUGCGUAUUUAUAUUUUAUUAAAUGAUGGUUGUUUAUUAACUGUUUACAAUUGUUGAUUUAUUAUUUAUUUAUUAUGUAUUAAUUAUUUAUUUCUUAAUGUUUUAUUGAUCUACUAGUAUUUACCCUCUCUUAUACAGAGUAUAGAGGAAGAAUUGUAAUCCUGCACACAAAUCACAUGCGACUUUGACAGUUUUCAUCGUGUUACACCUCAAUACUACA